UAUGAUAAUCUCGGGUUUUCUCUCUGUUCUGUUCUGCUUGGUUCUUAUCUGUUUUGGUCUGUUCUGGUUUGCUCUGUUCACUGCUGCUCACUGCUGCUCACUCUUGUCCUGUCUUUAUCCAUAUAUCCAUAAAAUAACCGGAUGUUAUGAUAGACACAAACACCAAACUUAACUCUUUCAACACAGCCAUAACAAGCAAUUGCACUUUCAAUCAUAAAUUCCAUCAAUCAAUCACCCAACUUGAAGACUCCCUAAACACCCUA